UUAAAGAUACUGCCGGGGGGAGUCUGUCAGUUAAAUUGUCUGUAGAAAAGGGGCGUUCACUGUUGUUGAACUUUCUCUGUUGUUGCAGUUUCACGCACAUCAGUGGACUGAAGUUUGUGGGUCUCACGCUGACGUUUCUGUUUUCCAUUUUCAACAGCAUUUACUCACGGAGACUGGUGUUUUUAAAGGCUUUGGACUUUAUUUGCAUGGGACAUUGUGACUCGGAUCAGCUUAUGUGUGAUUGUUUCAUUUGAUAUAUCUGGGGUUGAAACAUGACAGCGAAUGGAAACGCGAUGGCGAUGUUUGGGAUGCCUUUAGCGGAGGAUCAGAUUAAAGUUCUGGAGGAGAAUUUCACCAAAGUCAGCAAACAUCCCGACGAAACAACGCUGAUGCUGAUUGCGGCGGAGUGCGGGCUGAGCGAGGAGGAGACGGCGAAAUGGUUCAGGAUGAGAAACGCUCAGUGGAGGAAAGCUGAAGGACUUCCUGCUGAACUGGGAUCAGUGAAGGACUGAUGGAAGAUCUCCAUUCUUCAUGAUUUCUAUCUGUCUCUCUCUUUGCUCCACUCAUUGUUCAAUAGACCAGCUCUCUGUCUCUCAUUCUUUCUUCUUUUUGAGGACAUUUUCUAAAGAUUGAAGAUCUAUAUUGGUCUUUUAUUAUUUGUUGUAUCUAAGUUCUUUUGCUGAAAGCAAAGUGUAUGUAUGCCAUAUAUUUUAUUGCCAGAAUAUAGAUAACAUGUAUUGUAUGUAAACAUCUGUAUAUACAGUAAAGAAAUACAGAGUCUGUAUGUUUUA